AAAGUUAAAAUUCAAACAUAAGAAUUGGUUAUUUUUGAACAAGAAUUCAAUUGAUUGUCCAAUCAUUCUUCGUCCAACCAAUUUUAGAUCGACUGUUUUCAUUGAUUGUUGAAGUGUAGAAUCGUAAACUUCUGUGCACAAAAUUUUAUUUCACUAUGUUUACCAUUGUGUUAUUGAUGUUAAUUGUGAUAUUAAUAUUAUCAAUUAUUUUUAUAAACAUCAGAAAAAAUACAAAACUAUAUCCUCCAGGACCAUUUUCAUGGCCCUUUAUCGGCAAUCAGAUUUUAUUGAAACGUUUAACACGUGAAUUUGGAGGACAACAUAAAGCAUUUAUGGAACUUUCAAAACGAUAUAAUAGUAAUAUUAUAACUGUGAAUAUUAGUCAUGAGAAAGUAAUAAUCGUUUCUGGAAAUAAAUUUUGUGAUAUGAUAUUGCAAAAUGAGGAAUUCCAAGGGCGUCCUUGGAACGAAUUUAUUAAAAUUCGGAAUAUGGGCAAGAAACAAGGAAUCACAAUGAACGAUGGAGCAGAAUGGAAAGAAUUACGAACUUGGAUGAUGCGAACCAUGAAGAUUUUCGGUUUUGGAAAAAGCGAGAUGAUUAAAAUGAUUCAAAAUCAAUUAAUCAUAUUUUCAGAAAACGUGAAUAAAAAUAAAAUACAUCGAUUAAAAUUAUUGUUUAUACCAGCUGUAAUUAAUAUUCUCUGGACUUUUGCAACGGGAGAAAUAACGGCAUUCAACAAACAGCAAAAAUUAGAAUAUUUUCUCGACUUGUUGGAACGUCGCUCGCGAUGCUUCGAUAUCACGGGUGGGCUUCUCGCCGCUUUCCCUUGGAUUCGUUACAUUGCACCUGAGAUCUCAGGAUAUAAUAUUAUGUGUUUGCUAAAUAAGGAGCUCAAGGAUUUCUUAAUGAAAACUAUUAAUGACCACAAAGAGAAAUAUAAUCCAGGAAACGAGGCAGAUCUAAUUGAUAUGUUCUUUCGAGAAAUGAAAGAAAAUGAGGAAUCUACCAUUUUUACUGAGGAACAAUUGAUGAUGAUACUAAUCGAUCUUUUUCUUGCUGGCUUUACUACUACAAGCACGACUUUGGAUUUUUUAUUUUUAAUUAUGACACUGUAUCCGGAUGUACAACGUAAAGUGCAAAAAGAAAUUGAUUCAGUAAUUCCACACGAUAAACUUCCCAGCAUGGAGGACAAAGCAAAACUUCCAUAUGUCGAAGCUGUAAUAAAUGAAACGUACCGAUUAUGGCCAGUAUUUCCUAUAAUUGGACCACGACGAGUUCUUUGCGAUACGAAUAUUGAUAAAUACAUGAUACCGAAAAAUACUACUAUUUUAUUCAAUGCAUAUUCCAUCAAUAAAGAUCCGAAUCUUUAUCCAGAGCCAGAUAAAUUUAUGCCUGAAAGAUUUAUUAAAAAUGGAGUUUUUGUACCAGAUGAAAAUUCUUUACAAUUUGGAAAAGGAAAAAGACGAUGUCCAGGUCAUAUAUUGGCAAAAGCUACGAUAUUUAUUUUUUUCACUGGUAUAAUGCAGAAAUAUACUUUAUUACCAGUUCCUGGUAAAGGACCAUAUUCUAUAGAAUUUGAUAGUGGUAUAACAUUGACGCCAAAGUCUUAUGAUGUAUUGGUUGAAAAACGAUAAUUUUUGAAAUAUUUGUAUUCUCACUUUCCAUGAAUAUGGUUUUAAAAGUUGCUUCCAAAUAAAACUUAUCCUUGUUAUAUUAAAAUAAGUUUCAUUUAUCAUAAACGAAAAAAAUGUUAAUCGCUCGUUGUAAAGAAAUAAAAUUAAAAUAAUAAAAAUAAAAUAAAAUGUAUUAUUUCAUGUUUAUUUAUUUAUUUAUUUAUAAUAUUAUAAUAUAAAAUUAUAGACACAUAAUUUUUAUUUAGAUUAGAUUGUUUUAAUGAUAAAUCGUGAUAAAUAAUGAUAAAAAUAUCAUUAAUGCAUAUAAAACGUGACGUUUUUCGGUUUAAAGUAGCUUCACCCAUAGAUAGAAACCAGUUUAUUUGAUUUCAACAAUUUUUCUUUCGAAUAUUGUUUAUUGUUUCUACCGCAUGAAAGUUGCUUUAAGCGUCGUUUUACGUGUUCGACGAAAUCAGCGCGUUUCACAGAAGUCCAAAUGUACCUUCACUUGUGCACCAUCGCACGUGGAGAUUCACUCCUUUUAUACCGGGUUUCAACAUUUCAACGUGUCAAAUAUUCUUUAUUGCCGAAAAAUAGACUUUGUAAGAUCAAUAAAUAUUAUAUAUUGUAUUAUAUA